UGAUGCUGGGUCAGUAUCGUUUGGGAGGUCGCAUGUUUACGAUGUGUAGACUGUAGAAAGCAUGAAGUCGUUUACGCUCUUGAUCUUGAUCGCCGCGCUGUGUCUGGCUAAAGAAAGGGAGGAUUUCAAUGGAAUUUCCGAGUACGAAAUCGACGGCUGCCAGGAUCCGUACGUGAGGAUCAACGGGGUGUACCACGCGAAACCUCGCCUGUCCACGAUCCCAGCUUUUUUGGUGUACUGCGACCAGAAGAUCGAGGGCGGAGGUUGGGUCGUGAUCCACCGGCGGUUCGACGGCAGCGUUGACUUUACGCGGAACUGGAACGACUACCGGAACGGGUUCGGGGACAUUAGUGGGGAGUUCUGGUUGGGGCUGGAGAAGGUGCACCAGCUGACGCGGUCGGCCAAUUACGAGCUGUUGGUUGUGGUCAGGGAUAACGCGGGCAAGCAGAGGACGGCCCGCUAUGGACAGUUUAUAGUGCACAGUGAGUUCGAGAAGUAUCGGCUGCACGUGGAGUCGUUUAUGAACGGAACGGCGGAGGACUGUAUGGGGCGGCACAACCGGAUGGCGUUUGCCACGACAGAUCGGGAUGACAAGUACGGAUGUGCGAGCAAGUACUCCAGUGGGUGGUGGUUCGACAACUGUUACACGGCAAAUCUCAACGGGUUGUACAAACCAGGCAGUGGGAACGCGAUGUCCUGGCACAGACAACCGGACAAACGGGUUGGACUCCUGGAGGCUAGAAUGAUGAUCCGGAUUGUGAGGAACUCCGUGCUGAGGUCGGACCCAGCGGCAAUUGAUGGACUCAACAGUACAACUGUCACAUACGAAGAAGUCUAA